AUGUCUGGUACCUACCUGUUUAACCUAGAUGCGCGUAGACAUACGUAUGCAUGCGUGAGUGGUGCAGCAGAGCAGGUGAGUGGUGCAGCAGAGCAGGUGAGUGGUGCAGCAGAGCAGGUGAGUGGUGCAGCAGAGCAGGUGAGUGGUGCAGCAGAGCAGGUGAGUGGUGCAGCAGAGCAGGUGAGUGGUGCGGCAGAGCAGGUGAGUGGUGCGGCAGAGCAGGUGAGUGGUGCAACAGAGCAGGUGAGUGGUGCAACAGAGCAGGUGAGUGGUGCGGCAGAGCAGGUGAGUGGUGCGGCAGAGCAGGUGAGUGGUGCAGCAGAGCAGGUGAGUGGUGCAGCAGAGCAGGUGAGUGGUGCAGCAGAGCAGGUGAGUGGUGCGGCAGAGCAGGUGAGUGGUGCGGCAGAGCAGGUGAGUGGUGCGACAGAGCAGGUGAGUGGUGCGGCAGAGCAGGUGAGUGGUGCGGCAGAGCAGGUGAGUGGUGCGACAGAGCAGGUGAGUGGUGCGGCAGAGCAGGUGAGUGGUGCGGCAGAGCAGGUGAGUGGUGCGACAGAGCAGGUGAGUGGUGCGGCAGAGCAGGUGAGUGGUGCAGCAGAGCAGGUGAGUGGUGCGGCAGAGCAGGUGAGUGGUGCAGCAGAGCAGGUGAGUGGUGCGGCAGAGCAGGUGAGUGGUGCGGCAGAGCAGGUGAGUGGUGCGGCAGAGCAGGUGAGUGGUGCGGAAGAGCAGGUGAGUGGUGCGGCAGAGCAGGUGAGUGGUGCAGCAGAGCAGGUGAGUGGUGCGGCAGAGCAGGUGAGUGGUGCAGCAGAGCAGGUGAGUGGUGCAGCAGAGCAGGUGAGUGGUGCAGCAGAGCAGGUGAGUGGUGCGGCAGAGCAGGUGAGUGGUGCGGCAGAUCAGGUGAGUGGUGCAGCAGAGCAGGUGAGUGGUGCAGCAGAGCAGGUGAGUGGUGCAGCAGAGCAGGUGAGUGGUGCAGCAGAGCAGGUGAGUGGUGCAGCAGAGCAGGUGAGUGGUGCAGCAGAGCAGGUGAGUGGUGCAGCAGAGCAGGUGAGUGGUGCAGCAGAGCAGGUGAGUGGUGCAGCAGAGCAGGUGAGUGGUGCGGCAGAGCAGGUGAGUGGUGCGGCAGAGCAGGUGAGUGGUGCAGCAGAGCAGGUGAGUGGUGCAGCAGAGCAGGUGAGUGGUGCAGCAGAGCAGGUGAGUGGUGCAGCAGAGCAGGUGAGUGGUGCAGCAGAGCAGGUGAGUGGUGCAGCAGAGCAGGUGAGUGGUGCAGCAGAGCAGGUGAGUGGUGCAGCAGAGCAGGUGAGUGGUGCAGCAGAGCAGGUGAGUGGUGCAGCAGAGCAGGUGAGUGGUGCGGCAGAGCAGGUGAGUGGUGCAGCAGAGCAGGUGAGUGGUGCGGCAGAGCAGGUGAGUGGUGCGGCAGAGCAGGUGAGUGGUGCAGCAGAGCAGGUGAGUGGUGCGACAGUGCAGGUGAGUGGUGCAGCAGAGCAGGUGAGUGGUGCAGCAGAGCAGGUGAGUGGUGCGGCAGAGCAGGUGAGUGGUGCGGCAGAGCAGGUGAGUGGUGCGACAGAGCAGGUGAGUGGUGCGGCAGAGCAGGUGAGUGGUGCAGCAGAGCAGGUGAGUGGUGCGGCAGAGCAGGUGAGUGGUGCAGCAGAGCAGGUGAGUGGUGCAGCAGAGCAGGUGAGUGGUGCGGCAGAGCAGGUGAGUGGUGCGGCAGAGCAGGUGAGUGGUGCGACAGAGCAGGUGAGUGGUGCGGCAGAGCAGGUGAGUGGUGCGGCAGAGCAGGUGAGUGGUGCGACAGAGCAGGUGAGUGGUGCGGCAGAGCAGGUGAGUGGUGCAGCAGAGCAGGUGAGUGGUGCGGCAGAGCAGGUGAGUGGUGCAGCAGAGCAGGUGAGUGGUGCGGCAGAGCAGGUGAGUGGUGCGGCAGAGCAGGUGAGUGGUGCGGCAGAGCAGGUGAGUGGUGCGGCAGAGCAGGUGAGUGGUGCGGCAGAGCAGGUGAGUGGUGCAGCAGAGCAGGUGAGUGGUGCGGCAGAGCAGGUGAGUGGUGCAGCAGAGCAGGUGAGUGGUGCAGCAGAGCAGGUGAGUGGUGCAGCAGAGCAGGUGAGUGGUGCGGCAGAGCAGGUGAGUGGUGCGGCAGAUCAGGUGAGUUGUGCAGCAGAGCAGGUGAGUGGUGCAGCAGAGCAGGUGAGUGGUGCAGCAGAGCAGGUGAGUGGUGCAGCAGAGCAGGUGAGUGGUGCAGCAGAGCAGGUGAGUGGUGCGGCAGAGCAGGUGAGUGGUGCAGCAGAGCAGGUGAGUGGUGCGGCAGAGCAGGUGAGUGGUGCGGCAGAGCAGGUGAGUGGUGCGGCAGAGCAGGUGAGUGGUGGGGCAGAGCAGGUGAGUGGUGCAGCAGAGCAGGUGAGUGGUGCAGCAGAGCAGGUGAGUGGUGCGGCAGAGCAGGUGAGUGGUGCGGCAGAGCAGGUGAGUGGUGCGACAGAGCAGGUGAGUGGUGCGGCAGAGCAGGUGAGUGGUGCAGCAGAGCAGGUGAGUGGUGCGGCAGAGCAGGUGAGUGGUGCAGCAGAGCAGGUGAGUGGUGCGGCAGAGCAGGUGAGUGGUGCGGCAGAGCAGGUGAGUGGUGCGACAGAGCAGGUGAGUGGUGCGGCAGAGCAGGUGAGUGGUGCGGCAGAGCAGGUGAGUGGUGCGACAGAGCAGGUGAGUGGUGCGGCAGAGCAGGUGAGUGGUGCAGCAGAGCAGGUGAGUGGUGCGGCAGAGCAGGUGAGUGGUGCAGCAGAGCAGGUGAGUGGUGCGGCAGAGCAGGUGAGUGGUGCGGCAGAGCAGGUGAGUGGUGCGGCAGAGCAGGUGAGUGGUGCGGCAGAGCAGGUGAGUGGUGCGGCAGAGCAGGUGAGUGGUGCAGCAGAGCAGGUGAGUGGUGCGGCAGAGCAGGUGAGUGGUGCAGCAGAGCAGGUGAGUGGUACAGCAGAGCAGGUGAGUGGUGCAGCAGAGCAGGUGAGUGGUGCGGCAGAGCAGGUGAGUGGUGCGGCAGAUCAGGUGAGUGGUGCAGCAGAGCAGGUGAGUGGUGCAGCAGAGCAGGUGAGUGGUGCAGCAGAGCAGGUGAGUGGUGCAGCAGAGCAGGUGAGUGGUGCAGCAGAGCAGGUGAGUGGUGCAGCAGAGCAGGUGAGUGGUGCAGCAGAGCAGGUGAGUGGUGCAGCAGAGCAGGUGAGUGGUGCAGCAGAGCAGGUGAGUGGUGCGGCAGAGCAGGUGAGUGGUGCGGCAGAGCAGGUGAGUGGUGCAGCAGAGCAGGUGAGUGGUGCGGCAGAGCAGGUGAGUGGUGCAGCAGAGCAGGUGAGUGGUGCGGCAGAGCAGGUGAGUGGUGCAGCAGAGCAGGUGAGUGGUGCGGCAGAGCAGGUGAGUGGUGCGGCAGAGCAGGUGAGUGGUGCGGCAGAGCAGGUGAGUGGUGCGGCAGAGCAGGUGAGUGGUGCAGCAGAGCAGGUGAGUGGUGCGGCAGAGCAGGUGAGUGGUGCGACAGAGCAGGUGAGUGGUGCGGCAGAGCAGGUGAGUGGUGCGGCAGAGCAGGUGAGUGGUGCGGCAGAGCAGGUGAGUGGUGCAGCAGAGCAGGUGAGUGGUGCGGCAGAGCAGGUGAUUGGUGCAGCAGAGCAGGUGAGUGGUGCAGCAGAGCAGGUGAGUGGUGCGGCAGAGCAGGUGAGUGGUGCGGCAGAGCAGGUGAGUGGUGCGGCAGAGCAGGUGAGUGGUGCGGCAGAGCAGAUGAGUGGUGCGGCAGAGCAGGUGAGUGGUGCGGCAGAGCAGGUGAGUGGUGCAGCAGAGCAGGUGAGUGGUGCGGCAGAGCAGGUGAGUGGUGCGGCAGAGCAGGUGAGUGGUGCAGCAGAGCAGGUGAGUGGUGCGGCAGAGCAGGUGAGUGGUGCGGCAGAGCAGGUGAGUGGUGCGGCAGAGCAGGUGAGUGGUGCGGCAGAGCAGGUGAGUGGUGCAGCAGAGCAGGUGAGUGGUGCGGCAGAGCAGGUGAGUGGUGCGGCAGAGCAGGUGAGUGGUGCGGCAGAGCAGGUGGGUGGUGCGGCAGAGCAGGUGAGUGGUGCAGUAGAGCAGGUCAGUGGUGCAGCAGAGCAGGUGAGUGGUGCGGCAGAGCAGGUGAGUGGUGCAGCAGAGCAGGUGAGUGGUGCAGCAGAGCAGGUGAGUGGUGCAGCAGAGCAGGUGAGUGGUGCAGCAGAGCAGGUGAGUGGUGCGGCAGAGCAGGUGAGUGGUGCGGCAGAGCAGGUGAGUGGUGCAGCAGAGCAGGUGAGUGGUGCGGCAGAGCAGGUGAGUGGUGCGGCAGAGCAGGUGAGUGGUGCAGCAGAGCAGGUGAGUGGUGCAGCAGAGCAGGUGAGUGGUGCAGCAGAGCAGGUGAGUGGUGCGGCAGAGCAGGUGAGUGGUGCAGCAGAGCAGGUGAGUGGUGCGGCAGAGCAGGUGAGUGGUGCGGCAGAGCAGGUGAGUGGUGCGGCAGAGCAGGUGAGUGGUGCGGCAGAGCAGGUGAGUGGUGCGGCAGAGCAGGUGAGUGGUGCAGCAGAGCAGGUGAGUGGUGCGGCAGAGCAGGUGAGUGGUGCGGCAGAGCAGGUGAGUGGUGCGGCAGAGCAGGUGAGUGGUGCGGCAGAGCAGGUGAGUGGUGCGGCAGAGCAGGUGAGUGGUGCGGCAGAGCAGGUGAGUGGUGCGGCAGAGCAGGUGAGUGGUGCAGCAGAGCAGGUGAGUGGUGCGGCAGAGCAGGUGAGUGGUGCGGCAGAGCAGGUGAGUGGUGCAGCAGAGCAGGUGAGUGGUGCGGCAGAGCAGGUGAGUGGUGCAGCAGAGCAGGUGAGUGGUGCGGCAGAGCAGGUGAGUGGUGCGGCAGAGCAGGUGAGUGGUGCAGCAGAGCAGGUGAGUGGUGCGGCAGAGCAGGUGAGUGGUGCGGCAGAGCAGGUGAGUGGUGCGGCAGAGCAGGUGGGUGGUGUGGCAGAGCAGGUGAGUGGUGCAGCAGAGCAGGUCAGUGGUGCAGCAGAGCAGGUGAGUGGUGCGGCAGAGCAGGUGAGUGGUGCAGCAGAGCAGGUGAGUGGUGCGGCAGAGCAGGUGAGUGGUGCGGCAGAGCAGGUGAGUGGUGCGGCAGAGCAGGUGAGUGGUGCGGCAGAGCAGGUGAGUGGUGCGGCAGAGCAGGUGAGUGGUGCAGCAGAGCAGGUGAGUGGUGCGGCAGAGCAGGUGAGUGGUGCGGCAGAGCAGGUGAGUGGUGCAGCAGAGCAGGUGAGUGGUGCGGCAGAGCAGGUGAGUGGUGCGGCAGAGCAGGUGAGUGGUGCGGCAGAGCAGGUGGGUGGUGCGGCAGAGCAGGUGAGUGGUGCAGCAGAGCAGGUCAGUGGUGCAGCAGAGCGGGUGAGUGGUGCGGCAGAGCAGGUGAGUGGUGCAGCAGAGCAGGUGAGUGGUGCGGCAGAGCAGGUGAGUGGUGCAGCAGAGCAGGUGAGUGGUGCAGCAGAGCAGGUGAGUGGUGCGGCAGAGCAGGUGAGUGGUGCAGCAGAGCAGGUGAGUGGUGCAGCAGAGCAGGUGAGUGGUGCGGCAGAGCAGGUGAGUGGUGCGGCAGAGCAGGUGAGUGGUGCGGCAGAGCAGGUGAGUGGUGCGGCAGAGCAGGUGAGUGGUGCGGCAGAGCAGGUGAGUGGUGCGGCAGAGCAGGUGAGUGGUGCGGCAGAGCAGGUGAGUGGUGCGGCAGAGCAGGUGAGUGGUGCGGCAGAGCGGGUGAGUGGUGCGGCAGAGCGGGUGAGUGGUGCGGCAGAGCGGGUGAGUGGUGCGGCAGAGCGGGUGAGUGGUGCGGCAGAGCGGGUGAGUGGUGCGGCAGAGCGGGUGAGUGGUGCGGCAGAGCGGGUGAGUGGUGCGGCAGAGCGGGUGAGUGGCGCGGCAGAGCGGGUGAGUGGCGCGGCAGAGCGGGUGAGUGGUGCGGCAGAGCGGGUGAGUGGUGCGGCAGAGCGGGUGAGUGGUGCGGCAGAGCGGGUGAGUGGUGCGGCAGAGCGGGUGAGUGGUGCGGCAGAGCGGGUGAGUGGUGCAGCAGAGCGGGUGAGUGGUGCAGCAGAGCAGGUGAGUGGUGCGGCAGAGCAGGUGAGUGGUGCAGCAGAGCGGGUGAGUGGUGCAGCAGAGCGGGUGAGUGGUGCGGCAGAGCGGGUGAGUGGUGCGGCAGAGCGGGUGAGUGGUGCGGCAGAGCAGGUGAGUGGUGCGGCAGAGCAGGUGAGUGGUGCGGCAGAGCAGGUGAGUGGUGCAGCAGAGCAGGUGAGUGGUGCAGCAGAGCAGGUGAGUGGUGCAGCAGAGCAGGUGAGUGGUGCGGCAGAGCAGGUGAGUGAUGCGGCAGAGCAGGUGAGUGGUGCAGCAGAGCAGGUGAGUGGUGCAGCAGAGCAGGUGAGUGGUGCAGCAGAGCAGGUGAGUGGUGCGGCAGAGCAGGUGAGUGGUGCAGCAGAGCAGGUGAGUGGUGCGGCAGAGCAGGUGAGUGGUGCAGCAGAGCAGGUGAGUGGUGCGGCAGAGCAGAGUGGAGGGGGAGCGGGCCCCAUCGCGAAUGGCAACAGGGGGUGGCUGGUGUGGAGUGUGACCAGCAGGGAGAGAGAGUGCGGGCUUGUUGUUAGUGGAGGGGGAGCGGGCCCUAUCGCGAAUGGCAGCAGGGGGUGGCUGGUGUCGAGUGUGACCGGCAGGGAGAGAGAGUGCGGGCGGGAGAUUGUGAACGUGCUCGAUGAGUGGUGUGACAAGCUGGAGGCUGGCAAGGCGCAGGGGGAGGGGGAGGGGGAGGCACGGACUGGGGAAGGUGCAUCUGCAGGGAAGGCGAAGGGGGGUUCGUCCAUCGAUGCGCUGCUGGCGAAUGAAGUGGCAGCACUCAAGAAACAGGUGCGUGCGUGUGGAGAGGGGGUUGAGGAAACAGGUGUGUGUGUUUUGCAGCGGCUCACAGGUGCCCCUGUUUUGAGACGUCUCAGGCUACCAGGUGCCCCUGUUUUGAGACGUCUCAGGCUACCAGCACAAACACCCAUCACUUCCCUCUCUCGCAAUCCUCUUUUCCCUCCCUCUUCCUCCCCUUGCCCCUCGUCUUGUCCCUCCCCUUGUCCUGAACGCUCUCACCUGCCUCGGUUCGUGAGUGUGGAGUCUGGGUGCAAGGCACUGCUGUUCGUGAGGAUUAGAGAGGAUGCCAGGAAGGGGGGGAAGGGAGAGAAGGGAGGAAAGCAGUUGGAGGAGGGAGAGGAGAAGGAGGAGGAGGGUGAGAAGGAGGAGGUGGGGAAGACGGAGGAAGGGGAAAAGGAGGAGGAGAAGGGUGAAGGAGACAAGGAGGGGAAGGAGGGGGAUAAGGCCGGGGAAAAGGAGCAGGAGAAAGAGCAGGAGGAAGAGGUUACAGGAGGAGGAGAGAAGGAACCGGAGAAGGAGGGACAGGGAGGGGAGGGGGAGAAAGGGGAGGCAGGGGGAGAGCAGGGAAGGGUGUCGCCGUGUGAGUUGGCAGAGGCGGUGCUGCGGCAUGCCAAGGCCACCCAGCAGUCAGCCACUCGGUGGGUGUGGGGUAGUGGGUGUGGGGCAGUGGGUGUGGGGCAGUGGGUGUGGGGCAGUGGGUGUGGGGCAGUGGGUGUGGGGCAGUGGGUGUGGGGCAGUGGGUGUGGGGCAGUGGGUGUGGGGCAGUGGGAUGGGUGUGGGGCAGUGGGUGUGGGGCAGUGGGUGUGGGGCAGUGGGUGUGGGGCAGUGGGUGUGGGGCAGUGGGUGUGA